ACGAAUUAUUAUCAUACUAUGUUUUUUCCUUUUUACAAAUAAAUAUAUUAUGACAAUUUUUGGAAGCUUACCUUUUUUCGGUCUUGCUGUUUCAUCACAAAAGAAACCGGCAGAACGUAUUCGUAAAAGUAUUGGACCCACUCUUUCAAAUGUAUUAAAACGACAACACCAACCAUUUUCAACGUCUACAGUACAAAAGACGAUAUCUGCUACUAAAGCAAAUAGGUCGUCUUCUAAUUAUUAUUAUAAACAAAAUAAUAAUAGUUCUUCAUCAUCGACUAAAGGACCUGAGAAGGUCAUAGUCACUGAAGGUUCAAUGCUCAAUCACUUCCCAAGCCCCAACUUAAUACCUACACUUCAUUCUUUAUUAUUCGGCAGUAAUAAUAAUAAUAGUAGUAGUAGUCCUUCAUCAUCAUCAAGUCCUUUUAUACGACAACAACAAGUAUGUAAUAAUUGUUAUGGUCCUCAUUCAACUGAUUUUUGUCCUUGUUAAAGAACAACAACGUAAAGUCAAAUGCUUUGUGUCAUGACUUUGUGUGAAUAUUAUUCC